UCCAGUCGGGUCAGUUCAGUGAAGAUAUGAUUCCUACUGUGGGCUUCAACAUGAGGAAAGUCACCAAGGGUAACGUUACAAUAAAGAUCUGGGAUAUAGGAGGGCAGCCACGAUUCCGGAGCAUGUGGGAGCGAUACUGCCGAGGAGUCAAUGCUAUUGUCUACAUGGUAGAUGCUGCAGAUCGUGAGAAAAUCGAAGCCUCUCGAAAUGAGCUGCACAAUCUCCUAGAUAAGCCACAGCUACAAGGAAUCCCUGUUCUAGUACUUGGAAAUAAGAGAGACCUUCCUAAUGCUUUGGAUGAGAAACAGCUAAUUGAAAAGAUGAACCUUGCUGCUAUUCAGGACAGAGAAAUCUGCUGCUACUCAAUUUCUUGCAAAGAGAAAGAUAAUAUAGAUAUCACGCUUCAGUGGCUUAUUCAGCAUUCAAAAUCUAGAAGAAGCUGAAGUCUUCCUGGAAUCUCCAGUACCAGUUGGCCAUAAUCUCAAUUGUCCACUUCCCUCCAUAAUGAGAUACUUCCCCCCAAAUCCUGUAUCCAGAAUCUGCCUUUUCACGGUUCAUUUCUCAUGUGCACUGCUGAAGACUUGUACUCCUUAUUCUGUCACAAACCAACUAGAGUUGUCAUGAUAAAGUCAGCACAAGUAUUUAUUUGACAACCAUGUGUGGUGGGAGGGCUGUGGGGGGGCUUUUUAACCAAUAGAUCUCUACCAUGUUCAGUACGAUGGGACACUCUGUUCUGGUUUUUCAGGGCCAGGUUUUUAUAUGAUUUUCAGCAAGUGUUUUAUUUCUAGUGUUUAGUGGCUUGAAGAUGCUGAUGCUUGACAGCAUUAAGGUUCUGUAAGAUGCCACAUCCAGUAGUUAGAAAACAUUUAAAGCGUGAGCUCUGUGGGAUCCUGUGGGAUCUCACAAAUGCAUGUGAUGUGUGUUUGUAAGCAGAGACAUGGAAGCUGUUUGCAGAGGGGGAGCACAAGGCCUAGAUCAGCAUCACUAAUCUACAGCUGAGAUCCUGACACUUGAAAAAAGAAAACUCUCAUGGCAAAUUAGGAAAGAGUCAUCUGUUUAAAAUCAUUGUGUUGCUUCUGUUUAACCUUUGUGUGGGGGAAUGGGAAUGGACUGUGCUGUCAAACUUUCAGUAAUUGGAGUAUUCCAGCAUGAAAACAAAUCGCUAGGAACAUCAGGCUUUGUUCAAAUCCAUUUUUCUGUCUCCAGAUCCUCGUGAUCUCUCUGAACCCAGAACAUGCAUUCUGAGCAGCUGCAUGACACCCCAGUU